AUGACCGCGAAAACUUCUCAUAAAUGGGCAACAGUGUUUAUCAAAGGUGAUUAUGAAGAGUUUCCAAAUGAUUUACGUGGUGGCAAACAAACGGACUUCUUUUAUGAUACAUUUCCCGAAAUUGAAUCAGAUGCUAGAGCAUUCAUUGUUCAAGCAUGUUCGCAAAAAUCAGCGGAGUUUAAAGCAGCGGACCUGGCUCAGUUCAUCGAUACAAAAUAUUAUGAACUAAUCGGAAUUCAAAAACAAAUUGGAGAUGAUUUGAUAAGAUCGGAAAGAAGUUGUCGUCUGAACCUCCGUAGGUGGGGAGCUAAAUUCGAAGCGAAUUCACAACGUCCAUAUUUUGAAGGACAUGAAAGAGAUGAUGUGGUGAAACACCGUAAUGAGUUUAUUAGUUAUAUUCUAACACAUAACGAUUCUUAUUACACCAUUACUGAUGGUGACCAGAGACCAGGAUUUGGGGGGGGGGGGUAUGGGGGAGUGCGUCCCCCUCAUAAAAUUUAA